UACAUAUCCAGCCAUACUCAUGGACCCCAGUGAUUUCCCCAGUCCAUUUGACCCAUUGACCCUGCCAGAGAAGCCCCUGGCUGGAGACCUACCAGUAGACAUGGAAUUUGGAGAGGAUCUGCUGGAAUCCCAGACUGCCCCAACUCGAGGAUGGGCCCCCCCUGGCCCUUCUCCAUCCUCAGGAGCCCUGGACCUGCUUGAUACCCCUGCUGGCCUGGAAAAAGACCCUGGAGUCCUGGAUGGAGCCACUGAGUUGCUGGGGCUGGGGGGGCUGCUCUAUAAAGCCCCCUCUCCCCCCGAGGUGGACCAUGGUCCUGAGGGAACCCUGGCAUGGGAUGCGGGGGAUCAGACCCUAGAGCCUGGACCAGGGGGCCAGACCCCUGAGGUGGUACCACCUGAUCCGGGGGCUGGGGCAAAUUCCUGUUCACCCGAGGGGCUACUAGAGCCUUUGGCUCCAGAUUCUCCAAUAACCCUGCAGUCCCCACAUAUUGAAGAGGAAGAGACCACCUCCAUAGCUACUGCGAGAAGGGGCUCCCCUGGGCAGGAGGAGGAGCUUCCCCAAGGGCAGCCACAGAGCCCAAAUGCCCCCCCUAGCCCUUCAGUGGGAGAGACUCUGGGGGAUGGAAUCAACAGUUCUCAGACCAAACCUGGGGGCUCUAGCCCCCCUGCACAUCCUUCCUUGCCAGGAGAUGGCCUGACUGCGAAGGCGAGUGAGAAGCCGCCUGAACGGGUACAGAAGAGAAGCGAACGCGUUAGGAGAGCAGAACCUCCAAAACCUGAGGUUGUAGAUUCCACUGAGAGCAUUCCAGUGUCAGAUGAGGAUUCUGAUGCCAUGGUAGAUGACCCCAAUGAUGAGGACUUUGUGCCAUUCCGGCCCCGGCGCUCUCCUCGCAUGUCCCUACGCUCAAGUGUGUCACAAAGGGCCGGGCGCUCUGCAGUGGGCACCAAGAUGACUUGUGCACAUUGCCGGACACCACUGCAGAAGGGGCAGACUGCCUAUCAGCGCAAGGGGCUGCCUCAGCUCUUCUGCUCGUCAUCCUGCCUCACCACUUUCUCCAAGAAGCCCUCGGGCAAAAAGACCUGUACCUUCUGCAAGAAGGAGAUCUGGAACACCAAGGACUCAGUUGUGGCGCAGACUGGUUCUGGAGGCUCCUUCCAUGAGUUCUGCACGUCCGUCUGUCUCUCCCUGUAUGAGGCCCAGCAGCAGCGCCCGAUCCCCCAGUCUGGGGAUCCCGCCGAUGCCACUCGCUGCAGCAUAUGCCAGAAGACUGGAGAGGUCCUGCAUGAGGUCAGCAAUGGCAGCGUGGUGCACCGGCUCUGCAGCGAUUCUUGCUUCUCCAAAUUCCGGGCCAACAAGGGACUGAAAACCAACUGUUGUGACCAGUGUGGGGCUUACAUCUACACCAAGACCGGGAGCCCUGGCCCUGAGCUCCUCUUCCACGAGGGCCAACAAAAGCGGUUCUGCAACACAACCUGCUUGGGGGCGUAUAAGAAGAAAAACACACGUGUGUACCCAUGUGUCUGGUGCAAGACCCUGUGUAAGAACUUUGAGAUGCUAUCACAUGUGGAUCGUAAUGGCAAGACCAGCUUGUUCUGUUCCCUGUGCUGUACCACUUCUUACAAAGUGAAGCAGGCAGGGCUCACUGGCCCUCCCCGACCCUGCAGCUUCUGCCGCCGCAGCCUCUCUGACCCCUGUUACUACAACAAGGUUGACCGCACAGUCUACCAGUUCUGCAGCCCCAGCUGCUGGACCAAGUUCCAGCGCACAAGCCCCGAAGGGGGCAUUCACCUGAGCUGUCACUACUGCCACAGCCUCUUCAGUGGCAAGCCUGAGGUCUUGGACUGGCAGGACCAAGUGUUCCAGUUCUGCUGCCGUGAUUGCUGUGAGGACUUCAAGCGGCUUCGGGGUGUGGUGUCCCAGUGUGAGCACUGUCGGCAGGAGAAACUCUUGCAUGAGAAACUCCGAUUCAGCGGAGUGGAGAAGAGCUUCUGCAGCGAAGGCUGUGUGCUGCUGUACAAACAGGACUUCACUAAGAAGCUGGGCUUGUGCUGUAUCACUUGUACUUACUGCUCCCAGACUUGCCAGCGCGGAGUCACUGAGCAACUGGAUGGCAGCACCUGGGACUUCUGCAGUGAGGACUGUAAGAGCAAGUAGCUGCUGUGGUACUGCAAGGCUGCCCGGUGCCAUGCCUGUAAGCGCCAGGGGAAGCUGCUGGAGACCAUCCACUGGCGUGGGCAGAUCCGUCAUUUCUGCAACCAGCAGUGUCUUCUGCGCUUCUAUAGCCAGCAGAACCAACCCAACCUGGAUACCCAGAGUGGGCCCGAGAGCCUCCUGAACAGUCAGUCUCCCGAGUCAAAACCCCAGACACCCUCUCAAACCAAAGUGGAGAACAGCAACACAGUGAGGACCCCAGAGGAAAAUGGGAAUUUGGGCAAGAUCCCUGUGAAGACCCGAUCAGCUCCCACUGCUCCCACCCCUCCUCCACCCCCGCCGCCCCCAGCAACACCCCGCAAAAACAAGGCUGCCAUGUGUAAGCCGCUGAUGCAGAAUCGGGGCGGCUCCUGCAAGGUGGAGAUGAAGUCCAAAGGGAGUCAGACAGAAGAGUGGAAGCCACAGGUGAUUGUGCUGCCCAUCCCAGUGCCCAUCUUCGUGCCAGUGCCUAUGCAUCUGUACUGCCAGAAAGUCCCGGUGCCUUUCUCGAUGCCUAUCCCGGUGCCUGUGCCCAUGUUCUUGCCCACUACCUUGGAGAGCACAGACAAGAUUGUAGAGACCAUUGAGGAGCUGAAGGUGAAGAUCCCUUCCAACCCCUUGGAGGCCGACAUCCUGGCUAUGGCAGAAAUGAUUGCAGAGGCUGAGGAGUUAGACAAGGCCUCAUCUGACCUUUGUGAUCUUGUGAGCAACCAGAGUGCAGAGGGACUCCUGGAAGACUGUGACCUGUUUGGGCCUGCUCGAGAUGAUGUCCUGGCCAUGGCAGUCAAGAUGGCCAAUGUCUUGGAUGAGCCUGGGCAAGACUUGGAGGCAGACUUCCCUAAGAGU